AUGUUCGUCUUUAAUCGGAAGGAUCUCCCUGCGGACCCCGUCUUCCCUGCGGAUCUGAAGAAAUUGGGAUACUUUAUCAACGACAAUGACCAGAUCAGAAAGAUCUCGGAUCCAGAGCAGGAGUUCCAGUACAAGAUCAAUAAGCACGAGCGCUGGAACGAUAUGCAAAGAGAGGCUAUGAACACAUGCAUUCGCAGAAUCGUCUCCGCUCGUCUCCGCGACCUCGGGCUCGUCACUCUACGCCUCCCACUAACUGCCAAACCUACCGACGCCCAUGUCCCAAUUCUAGUCUCCAAGAACAUCUCCUCCGCCUCCCGCGUCAUCGUCGUCUUCGGAGAACCUCUCCAGGAUCUUGGGAUCUGGGCUUACCGCACUGUCGGGAAAGAGGGCAUUGAUCUCGGAUCUGCUGUUGCCUUUGCCCAGGCUGUUCUGAGCAAGAAAGAUGAUGCUGAUUCCAAUGCUACAAACAAAGACCUCUCGGAUACAGCUCUUGUCCUGGCAAAUACCGGUCAAUUGAUCUGGCACUGCCGCUCCAGUCGAGCAAUGACCCUGGCGUCCUGGCCUUGCAUGCCCCGAGAGUCAGCUGUAGAUUCUCCUCCAGCUAUGUCUCAUCGGAACAAGAUUCCUGGAAAUGGUAACUGGCAGGAACAUGUCAAUUGCGUCUUUGAUGAAAUAUUGGCUGCCCGGGGGCGGUUUGUUAGAGCGGAUGCGAAGAUUGGGGUCGUUGGACUGGUUGAUGGUGGAUUGGGUGCCAUUAGAUACUUGGCAAAUAAUUGGGAAGCAUGGCGUCCCUACAUCUCAGCCAUCUGUCUCUCCCACCCUCUUCAUCUAGCCUCGCUUGAUCUCGGAACCCAGCCAAACACAGAAGAUCCCUCAUCCUUUGCGGCCUUUAUCUCCUCGCGUUGCCGUGGCUAUAUGAUCUCUAACCAGCCCGUUGGACUACCUGUCGCCUCGUCGCACGAUCACGGCUGCAACUGCUAUUCAUCCGGUGAGGCCCUGAAUAUCGAAUGCAUCAUGCCUCAGGCAUGGAAGAACAUGCUCGAAUGGCUCGAUCAGACCUUUGCGGACCCGAAUCACUGCGAAGCUAGAUUGGUGAUCAGGGAGUUUAGUGGGAAUGGGCUCCCGGAGGGGUUUGUUGAUGAGGAAGAGAAUGGUGGUGAGGAGUGA